CAACAGUUAAAAUUGAUCUAUUUGUUUUCUAAUUUAUAGAUUAGUUUUAUCAUAUAAAAAGAUGAAAAGGAAUUUUGAGAAAGAUGGUUUGUUAGAACUUAAAAAGUCUGGAGCACUUAAACAAGAUGUGAAAGAUAAUGAAACCAGUCCCGAGCAUAAAAAACAGUCUGAAUACCAGCACCCAAUAGUUACCUCAAUGACACAACCUGGUCCAUGUACAUUACGAAUAAGGCCAAGAUUAUCUACUUUUGCACCUACAUUAUCAAAUUUGAUACCUUCUGCUCGUAUGGGACCACCUUACCCAUCUGCAAAUCAUAUAUUGCUUAUGCCAAGAGUUAUCUCAAAUAACUAUCGUCAGAAAAUGAUAUCUGCAGUUGAGCCUGCUCGAUCUUGUCCUUUUGUUAUAAAUCUUGAUGAAUCAAGUUCUUCACCAUCACCUAGUUCCUCUGAAACAGAAGGUGAUGAUACUGAGACUUCUAAUAAUACGAGAAGUAUUGAAAGUGAAAAGGUACCUCUUACUAUAAAAGAAGAAAUUUCAAAUAGCAAAUAUGAUAACAAAGCAGUUAUGAGGGUUGGAGCAUCUAGAGGAGCUCCUCCCAUAAUUGUACUCUCAGAUAGCUCAGAUGAAGAAGAAAUAUCAAAGCAAAAUCUUCAACCUAAAGCCAGAUUAUCAGUUAGGGAUCAAAUCCCUCAAAAGAAAGUUUCUAAUGAAUUCGUUAUGGAAGUUUCACAGUUGAUUGGAAAGUCAAUCGAUGAAGAUCUUCUUGCUGUUGCUCAAUUUGGCAUGGAAAUGAUUGAAGUUGAGAGUAUGGUCCAUAAAUUAUUAAAUAAUUGUGACACGGAAAAGCCUAAGCGAGUGAGUAAAAGGGCUUUUUACCAAUGUGUUAAACAUGGAAAUAAUUUACCUAAAGUUUUGGCUUUUCUUAAUGCUGGUUUAAAUCCUACUGAAAGAAUUAAAGGUGUUGAUGGUCUUACAGCACUACAUGUAGCUGCUAUGAAAGGACACCUUGAAAUACUUUUGCUUUUAAUCUUUAAGGUCGGGAGGAAAAAUGUUGAUUGUGCAGAUAAAAGAAAUAAAACACCUCUGUUUUAUGCGAUUGAGAAAAAGCAUUUAAAGACAGCUCAAUUUCUUGUGAAAGUUGGUGCUGAUGUUCAUCUUGCAAACGCUGAUGGAAUGACUUUGCUUCAUAUUGCAGCAAGAAAUGGAAAUUUAAUUUUUGUAAAAUGGCUUGUUAGUCUAGGUGUUUCUCUAAAUCAACAGGAUAAUUAUGGUUGGACAGCGUUAAUGUGGGCAACAGAGCACGAUUCAAAUGCAGAAAUUAUAAAAUAUUUGAUUAAGAUUGGAGCGCACACAAAUGUUCUUGAUAAUGAGAUGAAUAUAUGUCUUCAUUGGGCAGCAAUGACAUCUUCUUUUGAGUGUGUUUGCGAGCUAGUUAACAACCCAUUGUAUUCACAUAUAAAUGCUUGUAACAGAUUUGGAGAGACUCCUUUACACAUUGCUGCUAAAAUGGAUAAUUACCACAUUGUUCAGUUUUUGCUAGCAAGUGGAGCUGAUCAUACCAUUAAGAAUUUUAGUGGAUUAACUGCACUCAAUGUUUGUCCAAUUGGUUCUAAGACUUUUCAUUGUAUUCGUAUUCGAGAUAUGGUUGGAGAAGUACAGAAAACACCUUAUUUUUACCUUACUGACAUAUCAAAUGGAAAAGAAAGAAUUCCUAUCAGUUGUCUCAAUGAGGUUGAUAAUGAACCAUUUCCUAAUGAUUUUAUAUACAUUUCAAAACCAGAAGAAUCUUGUCAUUUGAAAGUUAACAGAGGAUUUUCUACUGUGAAGCCAUGUAAAUGUGAAGUGUCUUGUGGUGCUGACUGCAAAUGCAUAAAAUUGUCUGAAAAUCAAAAGCUUUGGUAUACAGAGGAUGGUAAAAUUGAUAUAUCUAUUUUCGAGGAAGAAUCUCCAGUGCUUUUUGAGUGUACCCCUCUUUGCUCAUGUUGGAAUAUUUGCCCAAAUAGAUUAGUUCAAAAGGGUAUACCAUUUCCAUUACAAGUUAUCAAAACCACGAAUAAAGGUUGGGGUCUUCGAACACUAAAUCCUAUUCCAUUAGGAUCUUUCAUUUUAUCAUAUGUUGGAGAGCUUAUAACAGAUGAAGAAGCUGAAAGGCGAAACGCUGAUACAUAUUUAUUUAAUUUGGAUCUUAAGACUUCAGGAGAUGAACCGAAUUGUAUGGAUGCUCUCCGCUAUGGUAAUUGUGGGCGUUUUAUUAAUCACUCUUGUGACGCCAAUGUUAGAGCUAUUAAAUUAUUUACUUCGCAUCGGGAUGUUUCAUGUCCUGAAAUAGCUUUUUUUGCUUACAAAGAUAUUAAAGCCUAUGAGGAGCUAUGUUUUAAUUAUGGAGACUCAUUUUGGGAUGUUAAAAUACGUGACGGAAUGUUUUGUAAAUGUCUAUAUGAGUUUUGUCAAUAUUCUGGUGAGUCCAAAUAUACAUAGUUAUAAGUUGAGAAGCAUGCGAAAAUAUGGAAUAUGGAAAUAUGGAAAGUCCUGCUCCUUUAUUAAAUGAUUCUGGAAAGUGAAAAUUUUUAUGGAAUGAACAUGUUUUCUUUCCCCAUUGUAUAUUGAAAUGAACAAGAGUUUUUUUGAACAGCUAUAUAAUUGUAUAGCUUUUUGUAAGUUUAAAUUUUUUCAAAAUAUUUAAAAACAGCACAAUUUUAUUGUAAAUUAUAGUAAUUUUAUCUGCAUAAUUUUUUUGUAAAUUUUUAU